CGAUUCGUUCGCAAACUGCACAUCACAAACACGUGUGCGACCGGAGCUACCGCCAGACAGGGCAGGAGCCUGAUAACAUUAAAGCCCGAGGAAUAAAAAGGGCAUUUCGGUUUAUUUUCAACUGUUGUGAAUGCAUUACAUGUCAUUUUUACAGACUUGACUUUAACAAGGCACGCGGGGGACAGCGCGCAUGGUCGCACCACGACACAGCUGACUGACAGAUCGCCAAUCGGAACUAGGAGUGAAACGUAGAAAGUUCUCGGUCUCGUGGGUCGUUGUAUGUUUAGCACCAAAGUGUCUGAUCGAACACUAAAUAGAUUGUGUAUCAUGGCUGACUACUUGAUCAGUGGACAGACUGGUUACGUGCCCGAUGAUGGACUGAGCGGGCAGCAACUCUUCAACUGCGGGGACGGCCUUACGUACAAUGACUUCCUGAUUCUUCCAGGGUAUAUUGACUUCACAUCAGAACAGGUGGAUUUGACUUCAGCCCUGACAAAACAGAUCACCAUGAAAACGCCUUUUGUAUCCUCUCCUAUGGACACAGUCACAGAGUCAGCGCUUGCAAUUGCCAUGGCACUCACAGGAGGAAUAGGCUUCAUCCACCACAAUUGCACUCCAGAGUUCCAGGCCAACGAGGUCCGCAAGGUCAAGCGGUACGAGCAGGGUUUCAUCACAGACCCGGUAGUGAUGAGUCCUACAGACCGUGUGGCUGACGUGUUCCAGGCCAAGGCACGCCACGGCUUCUGCGGCAUCCCCAUCACAGACAACGGCCACAUGGGGGGCCACCUCGUUGGCAUCAUCUCCUCGCGUGACAUUGACUUCCUGAAGGAGGAGGAGCACAUCCUGCCUCUCAGUGAGGUGAUGACAAAGCUGGAGGACCUUGUCAUUGCUCCAGCUGGAGUGACACUGAAAGAGGCCAAUGAGAUUCUGCAGAGGAGUAAGAAAGGUAAGCUGCCCAUAGUGAACGAGGAGGGCUGCCUGGUGUCCAUCAUCGCCAGGACAGAUCUGAAGAAGAACAGGGACUUUCCCCUGGCCGCUAAAGACUCCCGCAAACAGUUGCUGUGUGGGGCAGCCAUCGGCACGCACAACGAUGACAAGUACAGACUGGACCUGCUGGUGCAGAGCGGAGUAGACGUGGUCGUACUGGACUCCUCUCAAGGGAACUCGAUCUUCCAAAUCGACAUGAUUAAGUACAUCAAAGAGAAAUACCCACAGCUUCAGGUCAUUGGAGGCAAUGUGGUAACUGCAGCCCAGGCCAAGAACCUGAUCGAUGCCGGGGUGGACGGCCUGCGCGUGGGCAUGGGCAGUGGCUCCAUCUGUAUCACACAGGAAGCGCCUCUCAGUGUUCCUCCUGGUAUAAAGCUCCACAGCCCCAAAACCCCAACUACUGUUACGGGAUACUGCAUGUUGGCAUGCGGGCGUCCCCAGGCCACCGCCGUGUACAAGGUGUCGGAGUACGCCCGUCGAUUCGGGGUGCCAGUUGUUGCCGACGGGGGCAUCCAGACUGUGGGGCACAUUGCCAAAGCCCUGGCACUGGGGGCAUCUACAGUGAUGAUGGGCUCUCUCCUGGCUGCCACCAGUGAGGCUCCAGGUGAAUACUUCUUCUCUGAUGGCAUCAGGCUGAAGAAGUACAGGGGCAUGGGCUCACUGGAUGCCAUGGACAAGAACCUGGGCUCCCAGACCAGAUACUUCAGUGAGUGUGACAAGAUUAAGGUGGCCCAGGGUGUGUCGGGGGCAGUCCAGGACAAGGGCUCCAUACAUAAGUUUAUUCCCUACCUGCUGGCUGGGAUCCAGCACUCCUGUCAAGACAUCGGAUCCAAGAGCCUCACCCAGCUCAGAGCCAUGAUGUAUUCUGGGGAUCUGAAGUUUGAGAAGAGGACGACAUCGGCCCAGAUGGAGGGAGGAGUCCACAGCCUGCACAGUUAUGAGAAGCGCCUGUUCUAAGGAAGAGAACACAGUAGUGGGCUGCAGACUUGUUCCUCAAGCAUACGCACAAACAACUACUUGCCAACCCCAAAUCUGUCUGUGCCUUUGAGCAAGGCACUUAACACUAAUUUCUCCAGGGUCGCGGUUGAUAGUUGCAGAUCCUGGCCGUGACCCCACUCUCCUAGUGUAUCUCAGGGAGUUGGGAUAUGCAAAAAUGUGUUUCUAAUUCACACGUGUACAUGUGUGAAAUAGGAAAAAUAUUAGCAUCCACAAUUAUUACACACUCACACAAGUGCUGGGCGAUUAGUUCUUUUUGAAGGUAGUUUCGGAUCGAUUAUGAAAAAAUAAAUCGGUUUCGAUUAUUUUUUUAAACAUUAAAUGCAUUAUGAAAUAAUGACAUUAAAAUGAUUUUAUAGCUUUUUAAUGGAAAUUCCAAAGCCAAAAAUAGUGAACAUUCAAUUGCCAAACUAAAAAUACUCCAUGGUCUCUUUCAGGUCCACAUUCGGUUGACAUCAAAAGAAAAACAGGAAAUUACUAUGAAAUAAUAUUUCAGUUGUGUAUAUUACUUACUUUUUAUUUGAUAACUUUAUUUUUCAUUCCUUAAAGUCAUCAUGUAUUACUUAUCCUAUUUAGCUAACUGGACUAAGCAUGCUGCAGAGCUGUCUGAUGUAAUCAUUUGACUAGUUAUUCAAAGUAGAUGAGGCAUACUUUCCCAAAAUGUCUCUCUCUCGUUGUUGUGCAGUAGCGGUAUAUGGGUAAAAUCACUGGGGAAGCCAAGCCAGCCAGGGAAAGAAAAUCCAAAUUAUAACCUAUAUGUUGUGAUAAUUGCAUUGUUUGCUCUAUAACCUGUUAGUUCACAUACCUUGACACCGUGAUAUAUAGGCCUAAAUGCCAAGACAAUAAGAAGACAGUGGCAUAAUUAAAUUCAACCACACCUUUGUUUCGUCACAAAACCAGAGAGCAACAUCUGUCUGGUGGAGUCCACAAAGCAUAUUGCAUUUAACAAACAGUUACAUGACCUUCCGCAUAAUCAAGCACGUUAAUGUUAGCGAUAUUUUCAGACAACUAAACAACUAUCGAUUUAGAACACCAGAGAGUUACCAACUGCAAGUCGCAAAGAAAACAGGAGACUCCACUAUUCCAGCACCAUUUCAACAUAAUCAAAUCACCUCUGCUUAGUCUAAUACAGUGACAACUAAAAGAUACCAAAAACUAUUUAGUCCAAUCAACAUGAGCUAAAUAUGAUGUGGCUGUCCAUGGUACUGAUUUCUGUGUGUGCGGCGUGCUUGCAAGUUGAAAAACGUGGACUCGCUUAACUUGUAUAGAAACGCCAAUUCCAUCCUCUCAUGUUGCCGAAACAGUCUAUGACUCUGUCAUAUACAGUACAUAUUUGUAGUUUUUGCUGUCCAAGGCUAACUGGCUAAAAUGCUUGCUCGCUAGCCUAACUUCCUUUCAUGGUCAACAAUGAGCCAGCUAGUUAACAUCAGGCCAGGGGCACAAUAUAUUAAUUCAUGGUUGGAUCAGAAUCACCGUUAUAAUCAAAUAAGAAUGUUUUUAACUGACUUGCCUAGUUAGAUUUUUUUUAAAUUGGCCAGACAGAGAAUUAAGUAAAAUCACAAGUCCAAAUCCCUAUUGCCAUCCAUGGCUGUUUUAGAUGACUAACCACCGGAGGACAACACAACAAUUCAAGUUUUUUUCUGCCAAUGACGUUUGGCUUGAUGUGGUGUGAAGCCAAAUCCAAACUGGCUUCCCUUGACCCUUUUUUUUUGGUGCGCAAGGACCAUUCACAGUUUAGAUUAAUGCUGAUUGGCUAAUAUUUUAUAUUGGGGAGGGCAAAUGCUUGCUGGCUUCCCUUGCAUUCAAUGCUACGGGUGGCAACAAUAUCAUACUCUUUUUGACCAGACAGCAUCCGAUAGACGGGCUAUAGAGACAGAGAGCCUCUUGCAAAUUUAAGGAAAACUAAACAGAUUUUUAUAUUUUUCCAUUUUUGGGGGAAGCCUAGCUUCCCUUGGCAUCCAUGAAUAGACACCACUCAUGUUGUGUACAUUCCUUUUUCAUCCAGUCUCUGCGUAUCUAACUUAACGUAGCAGGCGUAAGUUUAUCCAUCUCUGUCCAAGCCAGAAAGAACAGGCGCAAUGGAUUAUGAUCAUUAUAGUUAAAUACCAAUUUUCUGCACUAAACUAUGUUGAAUAUUUGCUUAAUGAAAACUACAACACCCUUCUGCACAGCGUUCCACAUAGUUCUUGACUUGAUUUCUCUCGUGAAUGAUUUGAUUUAUUUCCAUAGAAACGGCGUGUUGGGCUCUCACAAAAAAACUAAUGGUUUAAAUCAAAUAAACGACAUUACAGUUAAUCGCUCAGCACUAACACAAACAUAAAUGACCUUAACCAUCAGUCUUCCCUGACACAGACAGACAUGCUCUGCUCUCCCAGAAAGAGCAUGUCUGUCUGUCAGUACUGUGAUGGAGUGUUUUUGUGUAAUCAGAUGCCUCCCAUGUCCUUCUGAAAUGAACUGACUUUGAAUAAGUCAAAUAAAAAAAAGUUAACAUUUUCAACAAG